AUGAAAAGAAGUGAAAUUUUUUCUUAUCGACGAAUUCGUUUAUCUAGGUUACGUGAUGAUCAUUCUGUGACCGAAAACUCUAUUGUUCAUACUACAAGUAUAUUAAAUGAUACAUUGGGUAAAUGUUUAACACAAUCGACGCAUAUUGAUUCACCAAAAAGUAAAAUCAUUACUGAUAAUCAAAGAAAAAAUUAUGCAUUAUUAGCAAUAACUUCAUCUUGGAAUAUAGCUAUGGGCACUAAAUCACAGGGACGUGAUGAUAGUGAUGAACAUGAUCCUGGUGAUGGUAAUGAAGACGAUUCUGAUGAUAGUGAAGAAUAUGAUUCUAGUGAAACAGAGGAUCACUCAGAAUCAAUUUCUUAUCAAGUCAUUUUUACUUUUCCGUAUUCUAUUUCAAAUGGAUCAAUUCUUAAUCAAACAGUAUUCAUUACAGAUCCAAUAAAAAAUCACUUAAUAGCAUCCGUAACUUUGAUAUGUAUCAAUGGAUCAUCGUUUAUUAUUAAUUAUUCAACUAAUCAACCAUUACCACAUAAUGUUUGUUUAUUUCUCUUAUUAAAUAUAACAUCACCUGCUACAAUAAGAGAAAUCUUUACUUGUCAAGUAAUUAAUGCCAAUUCUUCUGCUGAUUAUGAACAUGCGGUCGAGGGUCAUGCUGCCGGACCCAGUGCAGUUUUUAUUAUUGCACAAGGUAUUAUGAUUUUUAUUAUGAUGAUGAUUAUAUGUCUAGCACAAGUAUUUAAAGAAAAACAUGUUGUUAAUCGUUUUGGUCAACAUCUUCAUCGUAUGCAAAUGCCUCGAGCAGUUCUUAAUGGUAUUAUUCAAGAUCCAAAUGGAAUGCCACGAAAUAUGCGAUCACCAUCUAUUCAAGAUCAAGUAUUGGCAGCAAAUGAUUUAACAACAACAACUCCUGGUACAAAUCGUCCAGAUCAGGCAUUAAUUAAUAUUAAUGAACUCACUAACCGAAUGAAUACAUAA